AAAAAUUGGAGAGGGUGGAGUCUUGCGCCUAAUUCUUGGAGUCUUGACGCACACAAAAGAGAAGCCUAUACGGUGCCGUUCCAGCUGCUUCUUACUCUCUCUCUUUCUCUCUCUCUCACACAGUGUGCUAGAUUGCUAGAAUGGAGAGAGUUCGAUGCCAGAGAAUCGGAUGCAACGCCAUGUUUACUGUGGAUGAUAAUCCCGAUGGUUCCUGUACUUAUCACGAUGCUGAUAAAUUCAGAAGGCAUCUUCUUCAGCUGGACUAUCCCUUUUGUAAGACAGGAAAGCACACAACUGAGAAACCAGUGCUUGCUGCACGUCCUAAGCAUUCAGCUCCAACUCCUGCAACCAAUCCAUUGUCCAAGCACUCCUGUUUGAGGUGUCAACAAGGAUUUUUCUGUUCUGAUCAUGGUUCACAAACGAGUGAAUUGAAUCCAACAGCUUCUAAUACUGCGAUAGGAGCACCUUCUGAAAGUAAUCCAGAUUCCCUGGACACCCAACCACCCCCAGCAAAGAAGAUAGUCGAUAUAAACCAGCCUCAAACUUGUAGAAAUAAGGGAUGUGGUAAAACUUUUAAAGAGAAGGAUAAUCAUGACACUGCGUGCAGUUAUCAUCCUGGCCCGGCUAUUUUCCACGACCGAGUUCGAGGGUGGAAAUGCUGUGACGUUCAUGUUAAAGAAUUCGAGGAGUUCAUGAACAUACCACCGUGCACCAAGGGAUGGCACAAUGCCGAUCCAGUAUCUUAACACUUCUUUUUGUUUUGUUUUUUUGCCUCAUCAAGUAGAAUGAUUUGAUGUAAUGGGAUAUUUUCCUGCACUUUGUGAUUAUUAUCCUUCCUCAACGAUUUAACUUCAUCUGUGUUGAGGCUUGAGAAUGUGAAACUCAAGGCUCUUGUUUCAAUUUCUGACUUUUACUGAAUCAGUCGAUCUCAUAUACGUUGCUAGA